CAUGCUCUCGCUCUCUGGACAUUUGGAUGAAGGUGGCACUCCCUGAGCUUGGACCUUGAACUAAGAAAGAGGAAGAGAUACUUUCACACACACACAGUUGUGUAAGAAUACGCACUUUUAAUACUACUGAGCGAGAGAUCGACACAUAAACUGUCACAAUGGCAAAUAAAGGUCCCUCCUACGGUCUGAGCCGUGAAGUGCAGAGUAAGAUCGACAAGAAAUACGACCAGGAGCUCGAGGAACGGCUGGUGCAGUGGAUCAUCGCUCAAUGUGGGGAUGUUGUAGGAAAACCUCAAGAUGGAAAACAUGGCUUUCAGCAGUGGCUUAAAGAUGGAUGUGUUUUAUGUCAUCUGAUUAACAGUCUCUGUAAAGAUUCAAAGCCUGUAAAAAAGAUCCAAAGUUCUGGAAUGGCAUUUAAACAGAUGGAGCAGAUCUCGCAGUUCCUCGUUGCUGCCGAACGCUACGGAGUCACCAAGUCUGACAUUUUUCAAACAGUCGACCUCUGGGAGGGUAAGGAUCUCGCCGCUGUGCAGAUGACACUGAUGUCUUUGGGGAGUCUGGCUGUUACUAAGGACGACGGUUGCUACCAGGGUGACCCGAAUUGGUUCCACAAGAAAUCCCAAGAGAACCGAAGGGAGUUCUCUGACGAACAGCUGAAAGAGGGUCAAAAAGUUAUCGGCCUACAGAUGGGCACCAACAAAGGGGCGUCGCAGGCGGGCAUGACCGGAUACGGUCGACCUCGGCAGAUCUUUAACAACCCAUAAAGGCCUGAAGACUUUGUCAAAGUCUUCCCUAGUGUGGACCAGGCACAUAGUUUCACUUAAACCUUUAACAAAUCAUAGCUGGAGAGAUCAGAACACACAAAGCUUAUUAAAAAAAGUUUACAAUCUUUCCCAAUUCAGUUGUGUACCGGAUGCCGUGUGAGUUCUGUAACAUUGCUAAAGGUUCUUGUGAAUUUGUUGCAAUUUUUCCUUUUUAUACAUUCCAUUAGAUUUAAUCUGCUUCAAAAUGUAUUCGGACGCAGACAUACAUUCCAUUAUUAUAUUACCAUGAAUUGUGUUGCACUCCAUAAGGCGAAAAAUGCCUGUUAAAGGUGAAAUUUGGCCUUGCAUGGUCAGGUAUUUGUCUUGUAUUGUCUUUCAAUGGUUUUUAUUUGUAUGAUCUCCUUUAAAUCGACAUACGGCCAUACUUUAAGAGCUAGGUGUGUUUGUACAUUGUACAUGAGGAACUAAUAAAUGAUUUUGCUAAUAAAAUUCAGUUUUAUUAAGAUGU